UAAAUCAGUUUGUGGUGGUACUACUCAAUGUGCAGAUUUAUGUAAUCCAAAUAACAACAAUGAUGCUAGUACUACAUGUGGUUUGACUUGUUAUGAUAGUAAGUGGGUAGAAAAAUCUGGUUAUAACGGCACUUGUCAACUUAGUUCUAAUGUUUGUGCUGGUGCUUCUUCUACUUUUUGUCCUGGUGGCAGUUACACCGUCAUGCGUAAUAGUUUAAGCAAUCCAAAUUAUUUCGAUUGCAAUAAUGGUUAUGGUUGUGGUAACAAUGGAGGAUGUUGUGUUCGUAUUGGUGGUCAAACUGCUAGUACUUGGCAAUAUUAUUGUAUUAAAUGUAAUCAAAGCUAA